AUGCAAGAGAACGGUUCUCAUACCUCACCCUCACUGAUUCAUUUCACAGUCAACAAAAAGCAGCUCACAACGAUUGUAUUAGUUUCAGUUGUUGGAAUCUUGUUGCUGACGUAUCUUUUAAUCUAUUACUCUCUAAAGAAUAGAUUUCCUCAUCAAUUACCAAUCAGAGGUUGCAUAUUGCCAAAAGAUAGCCAAGAGAAAAGCACAUCACCUCCAAGAAAAAAGAAUCGAAUGGCAGUGAUUCUGAGUGGAGCCAUUCGAGCGUUUCCAAAAGUCUAUUUAUUUAUUAGGAAUAGCUUUUUUGCAAGAAAUGAAUAUCCAGAUCUAUACAUUUCACUCGUGUAUAAAGAUUCAGAAAGUGAAUUGGGAGCUUAUAAUCAAAUGAAACGCUAUUUAAAGAAUGUUAAAUAUGAAUCCGUUGAGUUUUUGAAUAUGACUCGCUUGACAGAGCGUGUGAAACAUUUAUAUCCUGAUUUUCCCUUUCCAAGAGAAAAAUGUAAAGAGUUUUUAACCUACGAAGGAUGUCAUAAUUGGAUUUCGUCCUUAUCUUUAUUUAGAAACGGUUUUGUCCAAAUGAAAAGCUAUAAUGACAAGAUGAUGCAAGAACACAAGUUGACUACCAACUACUAUGAUCUGGUUUUUCGGUUAAGAACAGACAUUCUAUUUGAACAAAAUAUCGAUUUAUUACAUUUCAAUGUUGAAUUUAACAAGUUCUACACGUCUCAAUUGUAUUAUUGGGAAGGUUUUAAUGAUCAAAUUGGGUUUGGAAGUAUUCAGGUUAUGGAAUCAUACUCCACUCUGUUGUAUCAUAUCAAUGCUAUUUCUGCCAAGGAAGGAUCAUAUAACCCAGAACGAUUUCUAAAAUAUCAUCUCACUCGAAAACAUGCGUUCCAAUUUCUUCCUAUUAGUUAUCGUGUCGUUCGUUCCAUAGAUUUUGCUUCUCACACAAGAGAAACUCGAGCACCUUUUGAUGAUUUCACACAUGCUACAGUGUAA